AUGGAGGUACUGGAAGAAGGUAAUUUAAUGGAUAGAGUUCCCAUUUUGCUGCAGCGAGACUUGGAGUUUUAUCAGACACAUCAACGAGUGCUUCAGGAACCAAUUUGCUCAGGAGUCGUGGGAGGAAAAUUGGAUUUUCCACGUUAUGCAUCCUUUGCAGCCAUUAAAUUAAUUCGUUGGUGGGAAGAUGAGUAUUUUGCUUCUUAUCGAAAGCCCUCCGCUUUGCACACUGAAAAGGAAAUGAAUGAAGGAGAUUUUACCAGUGCAACCGUCAAGACGUCAGAUCCUGAUAAAUUUGUUCAGCUCGUCACCAAGUCGGCGGAUCUACUUCUAGAGCAUAUCCAUCGUCUCUCCCAGGAGUCCUUGGAUCAUGCGGACUUAUCUGUACUCACUGCCACAAUUGGAGCUGCUUCGCUGGUCAAGAAUUCUCUGAGCGUUUACAUGCAGGCAGCCACCACGACCAUUUGUCCCCCGAAGGGUGAUGAAAAGGGUGGAGCUCUCAAGCUGAGCUUCAAGCAAUAUUCACAGAUGUCUGAGGCCUUGGCGGAACCUUUGGAUUUACAUUGCCGAUUAUUAUUGCUCUAUAUUAUGCAGGAUGCCGAUUGCCUGCAUUGGGAGGAUACACAGCCGUUUUUUGAGUCCGAACGAGGAUCCUACACUGUUCAAAUGUGGUGGCAUUAUAUGCGCGGUUCCAAGAACGAUUUGUGGAAUUCGGUGCCUCCUAAAAUGGCCCAGAAAAUAUUUGCCGGAAUGCUAAAUGAAACGCUGAGCGUACUGACUGUACGCUAUACCCAAAUAGUGACCAGCGUGGCUCGAUCCACACUCCACCUGGUGGAUAUAUGCAACAUGCUCCUCUGCAUCGCAGAGCUGUUGCCCCAUAUCUGUGAGAGUGGUGAGGCAUAUGUGGGAUUGCAACUGAGUAACCAGAGUGUCAUCCUGAGGGAUAUCCAUGCCAAGUGCCGGGAACUUUUCUAUUGCCUCCUCCUCAGGGGAGCUCCAUUGGGGGUACUUUCGAAGGUCUUCCGUAAAGGUAUUGACAAUAUGGAAAUGUUUAGCUCUCGCCAUGGCCUUCCAAGUGCUUGGAUUAUUUUUGCCUUACCCAGGUAUUUUCCCAAGGAACAAUCCUGCCAAUGGGUUACCGAAUUCGCCGAUCUCUCAACCAAUACUGCCAUUUCCUUGGAUUUGAGGGUUUUGCUCGCUUUUCCCGAGGCUGACUGGUCUUAUCUAUUGAAAAUUCUGUUGAUGAGAGAUGCCUAUCUUACUGGCAUUAUAAUGCGUCAUCUUAUGCAGCAUUUACCUUCGUCGGAGAACUUUAAAAACGUGGCUAAAAUUUCUUUUACUAGCGCUGAGGGUGCUCCUCAAAAGUGCGAGGCUUUCUUGUGUCGCGGUGAAUGCUUCAAUGUCACCGAAUCUAUUGCCGGCGACAUAGAUCCUGUUGCAUCCAACUAUCAGAUAGUCCUGUCACUCACCUACUUAGUUGUGGCUGUUGGCAAGGCAGUGGAUAUCAAAUCCUGUCUGAUUAAAACACUUGAGGAACAUGCUAUCGCCGGGUGGAGCGAUUGCCUGGACAAGCGACAGGUGUGGAACCAGAAGAGGACUCCUUGGCUGGAGGCCAUUAUGCACUUUGUCUAUCCCGUCCUAGAUUGUGUGGUGGAGAUGCUAGUGAAUGCGGUGGAAAAUGGAGCCAGCAUGUAUCAGGCCAUGUCAUUGGCACUCACCUGUGUCUCUGAGAUUUGGGACUGCCUACCCGAGGGACUGUAUAAGAUAGCCUCCUUGCUGCAGGAUAUCAUUCCAGUUUCAACGCGGCCUCUGGGGGAUUCGGUACUCCUACAGGUGGUUUUUGCCGCCUUAUAUACCGAGCUGAUAAAGACAGCGGAAAUGUAUGAGCAGAGCAAAAACGAGGACAAGGCCUCCAUUUGCUAUUCCAUAUCAGAAGCCAUUUGCUCAAUCGAUGAAGAUGACAAGCACACGGAUCAAAUCGAAUUAUUCCUUAAACAGGCCAAGGAGAGUAUCAAUUUGGACACCGAUUUUGAGGGAACCGUGGGUAGUAUGCGAGGGGCAGGUGGAAUGAGUGCCGUCAGUACCAUCAAAAUGGACGACUUAGCCUUGACAAAUGCGGAAUCCGAACGUCUUAGCCAUAGUCCGCCAAACAAUUACGCCAUGGAGCUGGAUGUGGGCAUUGCUGAUUAUAUAGCCGAGGUCCUUGUCAGCGAUAUAUUAACCACAAAUAUUGGUAAGCAAGCCCUCAAGGUGGUCUAUAAUUAUUUGAAAUUCAACAAGGAUUGGCUGCUGGAGCAACUGGGCACCGGUGACAAUGAUCCGAGUCCGUUUCAAGGAGUCCAGGGCCAGAAUAUCAAGGAGGCCAAGACUUCGGUGCUUAGGUCUAUGUUCUUCAUCGGGAACCCCUUCGACCAGCUGCUCACGGGAUCCCUGAAAAUAGACUAUGUCAGCUGGCUGCAGAUGCCGCUGUCCCUGAAUCCGGAAAGAACCUGGCUGCAUUUAACCAGACGUUGCGACUUCCAGGAGGAUGCCAAGUUGGCGCUGCCCGAGGUGGCCAUGGUCGCUGGUAUUACAAAGAUAAUGAAGCGGCGCAAGGAGUUCCCCAAGUGA